AUGGCUUAUAAGAAGCCCAUUUUUGAUUUAGAGGGUAAUGUGUUGGAGGAAUGUAUUAAUGCAGUAGAUAAGAAGAUGCUAUUAAAUGAUUUAUGGUCUAAAAUUCAUGCUUGUGUGAGUUUAGUGCAAAAUAAUGAAGAUGAUCUUAGUGAUCUUGUCAAAAAACUUCGAGUCAUGAGGAUAGAUUUGGAACGGAAGAAAACAAUAAAUGGAAGCAACAAUCUUUCUAGCAAAGUUAAAGACAUUGAAAUGCUUAUUGGAGCUAGUCUACCUUUUGAAGUUUUGAUCAAACCUCCUAAAAUUUCAAAGAACAAAGGCACGGGGGUUCAUGUUCCAAAUCAGGUUAAUGUUCCAAAUGAUGUCCAUGUUCCAAAUGAGAUCAGUGUGUCAAAUUAUAUCCAUGUUCCAAAUAGUGACAAGAGAAUAAAGAGUGACAGAGAAAAAGCUAUUGAACAAAGUCAAAAGAAGAAAAUAUUAUGUAGAGCAUGUGGAGAGCUUCGCCAUCAUGAUAGUCGCAAUUGUCCCGGGAAAGUCAAGUAA